AUGUCUUUUUCCGACCAGGUCUCUCGCGUCACAAAUGCCACAACAUUGCCCCAAAGCGAUGAGACAGACCCUCGGUUUAUCAUUGCCGUCGAUUAUGGCACCACUUACACGGGAGUCGCAUGGAUCCUCACCAAAGGCCCGGACGAGGGCCCGCCCACCCUCGCCGACAUCAAGGCGGUCCAGAACUGGGGCUCGGGCAUCGGCGACAAGGUGCCGUCGCGGUACACGUACGCGCCCAAGAACGGCAGCGACUGGGGCUACGGCAUCGGCGAGGGCUCGUACGUGGUGCGCCUAACCAAGCUGGACCUGGAGCAGCCGACGCGCCUCAAGGCCCUCGAGCAGCUGGUCAAGACGCUCCGGCACGCCGGCGAGCUCGAGUUCACCGAGGACCACGUCGCGCGGGGCGAGGUGCCGCGCCACCUGACCAAGUCGUCGCUCGACGUCAUGACGGCCUACCUCAAGAACGUGGCCAGGGAGGUGCACAAGGACAUUGCCAACAACCGCGACCCCGCCGCGCUGGACGAGUUCCCGAUCGACUUGGUCAUCACGCACCCGGCCGUCUGGGACCAGCGGGCGAGGAACCUGACCUUUAGGGCCGUCACGACGGCCUUCUCUAGUGUCUUUGGCGGCCUGCGGAGGAAUCCGGGAUACGUCAGGAUGACGACAGAGCCCGAGGCUUGCGCCAUGUACACGCUGCAAGACGCUAGGAGUAGAUCGCUGGAGACGAUGAGAGAGGGAGAGUGCUUCAUCGUCGUUGACGCCGGCGGCGGCACAGUCGAUGUCGUCUCCUACCUAGUAGAAUCAGCCCAUCCCAACAUGCGCAUCGCUCGCGUCACAGAACCCCAGGGCGAGCAAUGCGGAGCGAGUCAGGUCGACCGCUGCUUCCUGGACGACUUCCUCCCCGCGCGGCUGGGCGAGCACGACUACGCGCGCCUGAUGGGCCUCCGGGCGGACGAGGAGCAGCACGGCUACGGGACGCACUACGUGCUGAGGCGGGGCCAGAUCAUGAUGCUGGACAAGUUCGAGAGCAUCAAGCACGAGUUCGCGGGCCGGACCCAGCGGCAGCAGCUCGACAACGCGUUGCCGCUGCCGCCGGACCUCGGGAUCCAGAACGACCCGGAGCGCGGCAUCAAGAACGGCCACCUGAUGAUCUCGGCCGCAGACCUCGAGAAGAUGUUCAGCGGGUCCGUGCAAGGGACCAUCAACCUGAUCGAGAAGCAGCUGGUGCAGCUAGACACGCAGGGGUACGACAGCCGCACCAUAGUGCUUUCAGGCGGCUUCUCGCGCAGCCGCUACCUACACAGCAAGAUCCAGGACCGCGCGCGGUCGCGGAACUUUACCCUUCUGCGCGGCGACGACAGCUGGACCGCGGUCGCAAAGGGCGCCGUGCUCAUGGGGCUCGGGCGCGACUGCGACGUGCCGCCCGAGUGCGUGCGCUGCCCCUACCACGUCGGCGUCGUCGCCGCCACGCGCUACGGGCUGUACGACUACCGCGGCACCGGCGCCGACCACCGCCUGUACAAGGACUCGUUCGACGAGGUCGAGCGGGCCAGGGACCACGUCAGCUGGCUGUUUGCAAAGAACGACCUCGUGCCCACCACGCACUCGACCGAGAAGACGGUCCGGAUCCAGCGCAAGUUCUUGCGGGCAAACAGGAAGGUCGGCACCAUUACAGUCGUGCUGUCCGACCAGGUCUGGCGGACGGGCAGGCCGCCGAUGCCGGCCGACGAGGCAAAGGAUGUCACACGCCGUGAGGUGGGGAUAAACUACGACCUGGACGAGGCGGCGGCGCGCUAUCGCGGCGGCGGGGCCUUGUACGAGACGGUGGCGGACAAGAAGAGCGGCAUCCUGUACGACCGCGUCACUUUCGUGGUGGAAAUCAGCCUCACACAGUACAGCGGACGCGUCAGGCUGCUCCUGGACAGGGGCCAAGGCAUACCGGGGCUCUCGUCGGGCACCCACCACGAGCUGGACGUCAAGGUGCUGUACGGUUGA